AUGAAACAUCAUCAUCUCCGACGAAGAACACUGACUUCAUCUCACGGCGACUCUGAUUUCUUUCCAUCAUCUCCGGCGAAGAACAUUGUCAUCAUCUUCGACGAAGCGCAUCGAUUCUCCAACGACGCCAUUUCGGACAUCAACACGAUGGGAGAUUCAGUACCUGAAAUACUAGCAUUUCCUGAGCUCAAGUAUCCUAUAAGAUCAGAGCCAAAGCCAAGAGUAUCAAUAAACCAAUACUCGAGCGCUGCUUAUAUCAAAACUGUCUCGGGAAGUAUGGAUAGCAAUGGAUCUGUGGUGAUACACUUUGAACAUGGUGUAGACCGACAUAUUUCUACUUUGGUGAUGAAAGGAAGAUAUGAGGAGAUUACUUAUUCCCACUUGGUUGAUAGAAUAGGCAAAAAACUGAAGAUUGAUGUAGAUGCCACCAAGCUUCAACUGAGUUACUUUCCGCUGGUCUUGAAUAAUAAAAAUUCUUGUUAUAUCUUGGAUGAUGAAGAUGUUUUAGGAUAUUUGAUGAUGGUAGAUAAGAAGAACCGACGUUGUGUCUUGCAUGUGGAACUUGCCAAAAUCGUCUCAGAAAAUCAGAGCAACGAGAUGUUUUCUAUGAAUGAGGAAAAUCUGAGUGAUGCCAGAGCUAAUGAUGGCAUAGUUGAAGUUGGAGAGUUGGAAAUUGUUCCUCAUAUUCAGGAGGAUGAGUUUGAGCAUGAGAAAAUCAGUGAAGAGGGUGAUGAAAUGGAUGAUAGGGAGGAGUUGCCGGCUGUUAUAGCAGUUGAACCUCCUGUUGUCAAUUCAGAAUGGGAUGAUGGCAUUGAUAUUAGUCUUCAUCAAGAAUUUGCGACUAGAGAAGAAGUGAGGGAUUUAGUGGACAAAGGUGUGCAUUCCAAUUGUUUUGAGGUUGAUAUACAGAAGUCGAAUCCUCGGGUUUACAUAUUGAAAUGUCGUGGGGCUGGAUGCAUAUGGUAUUUACGAGCUGCAAAGCUGAAGAACUCUGAUUUUUUCUCUAUCAGAACGUAUAGAAAGAUUCAUACGUGCUCUCGUGGAGAUGCAAGUGUCAUGAAGAAGAAGAAAAGAGGCACACCAAGCUUGGUCGCAUCAGUGGUGCACUCUGAUUAUCCCGGCAAAUACAAGACUCCGGAUCCAAAGACUCUCAUAGAUUUGGUGCAGAACAAGCUGGGUGUUAAGGUUUCAUAUUCUACGGCUUUGAGAGGGAAAAAUAAAGCUUUGAGUGAUUUACGUGGUAACCCGGAGGAGAGUUUUGCUAGGCUGCCAUCUUACUUGUACAUGUUACAAAGGAUGAAUCCUGAUACCAUUACACGAUUAGAAGUGGAUGAGAAGAACCAGUUUAAGUAUAUGUUCUUUGCGCUCGGAGCUUGCAUCGAAGGGUUCAAGGCGAUGAGGCAAGUGAUAAUAAUGGAUGGAACUCACCUGAAGGGUGUGUACAAAGGAGUGCUUCUCAUUGCCACUGCUCAAGAUCCAGAUCAUCAUCAUUAUCCCCUUGCUUUUGCAGUAGUAGAUGGUGAGAAAAAUGCAAGCUGGGAGUGGUUUUUAACUAUAUUAAAAACUUUGAUACCAGAUGAUCCUCAGCUUGUAUUUUGUACUGAUAGAAACCAAAGCAUCAUCAAGAAAGUACACGAGGUAUACCCAUUGGCGAUCCAUGGAUAUUGCAAUUAUCACUUGUCUAAUAAUGUCAGCGGAGCUUGCAGCAAUGUUAACAAGAAAGGGGUUGCCAAAAAAUUUAGAAGUAUUGCUGGUAUUUACAGUGAGGUGGAGUUCAUCAAAUGCUACAACGAUUUCAGGAAAAUGUAUCCUCAAGCGGCCGAGUAUCUAGAUGACAGUGUUCAUGAGACAAAAUGGGCAAGAUGUAAAUUUCCGGGAGAAAGGUACAACAUAGACACAACCAACACUGUUGAAUCUAUCAAUGGUGUUUUGAAGGAACCAAGGAAAUAUGCGUUGUUGCCAAUGCUUGAUGUGAUCGUGGAAAAGAUAACAGAAUGGUUCAACAAAUACCGUCUAUUAUCUCUACGCGUACCAGAGAGGCAGAUACUAAUCCCACAUGUGCAUGGGAUAUUGCAUCACAUAUAUCCUUCGGCUAAAAAGCUGAAGGUGACCGAGCUAAAUACAUUUGAAGGUCACUACAAUGUGCUUGGCGAGGAUGGUCAUGGUUAUUUGGUUGAUCUGAGCAACAAAACAUGCUAUUGUAGGUGUUUUGAUAUUGAUCGGUAUCCUUGUGUGCAUGCACUUGCUGCCAUCAUGGCGCGUGGAGAAAUGGCUGAACAUUAUUGUUCUAGGUAUUACUGGAUGGAGCAGUGGACUUUGGCAUAUUACAGGACAAUAUAUCCAGUGCCUCAUCAUUCAACAUGGGAAAGUUCUGAAAUUCCUGAGGAAAUCCGAUAUCAGGUUGUCCUCCCUCCGUAUGUGGAGAAAAAAAAAGGAAGACUACAAGUUACUAGAUUCCCAUCUGCCGGAGAAUAA